AUGGUAUUCUUAGCUAUGAAGUUAAGAAACACCCCCAUUAAACUACUCGUUAAAGAGUUUGCACCUGUUUGCAACCUACCGUUCAUCAAUCAAGAGUAUGAUGAAUAUAACAAAGAUAAUGAGUUUAACUUUGCAUAUAAAAACUUUGCAAACUCAUCACGAAAUUGGAGAGAUCACCUCUCAUAUCUUCAAUGGAGUCCAAGGAGUCAUGUUAAUAGUCUUUCUACUUUUGUUGAAGUAUAUUAUUCCAAACAUGAUCGUUUGUUGGUGGGUGCCGAGUCAAAAGCUCUUACUCUUUUAUUCCAGACUCCUGCUAUUCUUCCAUCUCUAUUGCCUAGUAGCCCGGAGGAAUUUACUAUUGAUGUGGCCGACGAGGACAUUUCCUUUGUCUGGAGCUUAUUUAUAACUUACAUGAGGGGUCUUUUUGCAAAAGCUUCCCGGACUUUGUUUAGGGCCGGAUCACGGGUUUUGAUGGUAGCUGCUCGCCAGAAUGAUGUAUUGAGCUAUGGAGACCUUUCCAAGGAGCAUAAUGGGAUAAAGGAGAAAUGUGAGGCUUUUAAGCGAGAAAAUUUUGAGGUUGAGAAGGAGUUGAACGAGCUGCGAAUAAAGGCCGAGUUUGCUGACUCUUUGUAG